GAAAGUCGUCACACACAUACACACACACACUCACAUACACACCCGCGGUCGUCAAUCCCGUCCUGCCACGGUUUAUCCCCCCCACCCAAGGAAAGCUGAUAAACACUUGACUUUACGUUUGUUCUUCACAAAACGCGUGGAGGGAAGACGGGAACUAUGUAGGAAGCGCACAGGUGGAGCGUCUAAAUUUUUUUUUUUUUUUUUUCUUCAGUGGUCAUCUUGCAGAAAGACAACACAGGGGAGAGAGGACAAUUACAACAAAGUAAUAAUUUCGCUUUUGGAUAUUCCCGCAUUUUGCUUUUCUCUCUCCCCCCCACCCCCUUUUUGGUGUUUUGCACGUUCACUCUUCGCGCUACCCUCCAGAAACACCUGGGAUGGAAAAAGUUAGCCUCCUCUGGACUGCAAUAAAAACUCCCAAGAAAGAAUGAAGUAACCGCUAUGGAGCCGGACAAUGCCCCGCACUCCAAACUCAAAACCACUGGAGUCGGGGGGAGAGCUCUGAUCCUUUGGACUAUACUUUGUUGCACCUCCUCUCUAAGGCUAACUCAAGCUCAAGAUGUGGAUAUCCUGCAGCAGCUUGGGCUUUCUGGGCAAAGGAUGGGGGGGGUCCCCAUCCCCAGGAGCGCGCUAUGUCCCAAACGGUGUCAUCCCCUUCAAGUCCGGUGUCAUCCUCACUCCGAGGGCACGCAUCCAGGUGCCUCUGCGUACCGUCAUCCCUGCCACUUACAACACCAGCAGUCUCUCCCUGAUCCUCAGCCUGUCUGUUCACCGCUUCAACAGCGCCUUUCUUUUCUCUGUUCUGUCUAAGAGAAAAGUGCAGCUCGGGGUGCAGUUCACACCAGGGAGAGUGCUUGUACAAGUGGGGCAGAAGUCAUCUGUGAGUUUUGGCUAUGACGUCUACGAUGGUCAUUGGCAUAACCUUGCUUUGAAUAUUCAAGACCGUCGGGUAUUCUUACACACAUCUUGUGGUAAGAAAAGCCUACAUGCAGAUUUGUACUCUAAAAAAGAGGAGGCCCUGGAUCCGGAGGGCUCUUUCCUGCUGGGUAAAAUGAACCACAACUCGGUGCCAUUUGAAGGUGCUAUCUGUCAGUUUGACAUUUAUCCCUCUGCUGAGGCAGCUCAUAACUAUUGUGAUUAUAUUAAGAAACAUUGCAGAGAAGCAGACACGUAUCGGCCAGUGUUUCCACCCCUGCUACCUCUAUUUUCAGACCCAAAUAUUACUGUCACGCACAAAACUUCACUGUCACUGAUGGAGAUAUCCAAAAAGUCAUCUACUUCGGCCCCAACUCUGGAAAACACCAGGGCAACAAUCGUUCCACUAAGUGACCACUCGCGGAUGCUCAACAACACGUCUUUGUAUCCAUUUGUGAGGACUCCAAAACCUAAUACAGUGUCUGUUUCUCCGCCGGUUCAUCCAGGGUUGGGAAGCCCUUCAGAAUUUCCAACCCAAACUGUUACUACAUCUCUUAGGAUUAGCAUGACUCCACCACAUCCAAAACAAAAUUUGCCUGCCAGGAAGCCAAAACCUUCUGGGAAAAGUUUACAUUUACCUGUUUCCACCAGACCAUCAGAGAUUAAGCCAAACUUCUGGAACAUGGCUGCUCCCACAUCGGGGUCUCCUUCAAAUGCCAACUUUCCCUACAAAAAGCAGCUAACCACAGAAGCUCCAGAGAAACCUGAGCCAAAAGUGACCAGUGUGCAGGAUUUUGAACACACCUCACUCAUUCCAGUGACUCCAGCUGCAACAGAUGGCUUCCAAACAUUUGACCUGGAGCCGACCCAGUUCUCACUGCUUGCUGGACCACCUGGACUAAAGGGAGAGCCGGGACCCCCGGGCCCCCCAGGAUUUCCAGGGUUGCCAGGAAAACCAGGCAAGAGGGGCCCAAGGGGUCCUCUUGGCUCUCAUGGAAAUCCUGGUCGUCCUGGACCGCCUGGAAUGAAAGGACAGAAAGGAGAUCCUGGAAUGUCCCAUGGUCAAGCCCUGAAAGGACAAAAAGGAGAGCCUGGUAUCAUGGGUCCCCCUGGACUGCCUGGACAAGAUGGACGAAAGGGUCAAAAGGGCCACCCUGGUUCUUCUGGUCUCCCAGGUGAACCUGGUGAGCGGGGAGAUGAUGGAAGCCCUGGGGCCAAAGGCUAUCCUGGCAGGCAGGGCUUACCAGGGCCUGUAGGAAGAAUGGGACCAAAAGGAAUCAUGGGUCACAUUGGCAUCUCUGGGCUUUUUGGCUUUCCUGGUCCUGAUGGAGAGAGAGGAAUUCCUGGUGUUCAUGGGAAGAAGGGCAAGAUGGGUAGGCCGGGAUUUCCUGGUGACUUUGGAGAGAGGGGACCUCCUGGCCCUGAUGGGAACCCGGGAGAACUGGGAGCUCCCGGGCCAUGUGGAGUCAUCGGUCUUAUUGGAGACAUGGGCCCUGUUGGCUUAAUGGGCUUACCAGGGCUGCUUGGAAUCAAGGGGGUAGCUGGAAACCCGGGAGAAGCAGGACUGAAAGGUGAUAAGGGUGAUGUUGGCUUACCAGGAGAGCAGGGGGAGUGUGGAUUCCUAGGGGACAAGGGCAGCCAGGGUUCCCCUGGGUUGCCUGGUCCUCAUGGAAAACCCGGACCUCAGGGCAAACCAGGUGAAAAAGGCCCUGAUGGUACAUCUGGUCCUACUGGCCCAGAGGGUUUUCCAGGUGACAUCGGCCCACCAGGACAAAAUGGCCCCGAGGGUCCUAAGGGAAAGCAAGGCACAAGAGGGUUUCCAGGUCCAACAGGAACACCUGGGCUUCAGGGUGAUGAGGGACCAGUUGGGCCAGCUGGACCCGCUGGAGCCGAGGGCAGGCCUGGGAGGCAGGGAUUCCCUGGACUGACAGGCCCAGAUGGACCCAAGAGCGAGAUGGGGAUAACUGGCGAGGUCGGGAAGCUCGGCGAGAGGGGUCUGCCUGGGUUUAUUGGGCUGGAUGGAGAGAUGGGUAUCACCGGAGAAAAGGGGGAUCGAGGGAAAACGGGCGCCCCCGGUCUGCCAGGUGAAACUGGGCCGAUGGGCCACACUGGUUUGCCUGGAGAGAAAGGACCACCUGGACUGCAAGGAAUACCAGGGCCUCCAGGGUCACGGGGAUCCGCCGGCAUUAGAGGCCCCAAAGGCAGAAGGGGUCCAUCUGGUCCUGACGGCCCAGUGGGAGACCAAGGCUCUGCAGGGUUUAAGGGCCCUGAUGGUCCAACAGGAAAAGUCGGCUUCCCUGGAGAGAUGGGAAAGCUUGGUGAGCCAGGUGAAGGUGGGCCGAAGGGAUUUCCGGGUAUUCAGGGACCCUCGGGACCUCCCGGAGCCAAAGGAAUUGCUGGAGAACCUGGACCAGCAGGGCCACCAGGAAGGAUUGGACCACUGGGGGAGAUGGGGCUGACGGGGCCACCAGGGAAAGCUGGGGAGAGAGGACCGCCCGGUGAACCAGGGGAAAAGGGUGCCGCUGGUCCACCUGGCAGUUUCGGGGAGCAGGGUCUGAUCGGUCAGAGAGGUGAGGCCGGCAUCGGUGGAGAGGCUGGACCAAGUGGACACGAUGGAGCCAAGGGCGAAAAGGGGGAUGCUGGCCCAGAGGGCGCCGAAGGAGACAGAGGUGAAUUUGGCCUGAAAGGAAAGGAAGGACCACCUGGUCCUGUUGGACUUGUGGGGGUGAGGGGUCAGGAGGGUAAACCUGGCAAAAUUGGAGAGAGGGGCAAGCCAGGAGAAAAGGGGCGUAAAGGUCCGCAAGGCCAUGUGGGUGAAAGUGGGCUAAUUGGUGAGUGUGGAGAGCCAGGAUUUGUUGGACAAAAGGGAGCAAGAGGAACCAUUGGGACAGUGGGUGCUCCAGGGAGGAUGGGCCAACAAGGUGAUCAAGGACUAGCAGGUUACCAGGGUCACAUGGGACCACCGGGCCCAUUUGGACCUCCUGGACCAAAAGGUGAAAAGGGAGAACAGGGAGAUGACAGCAAGAUGGAAGGUCUUCCAGGUCCUCAAGGUGACAGAGGUCUUCCUGGAGACAGAGGAGAGAGAGGCGAGUCGGGUGACCCUGGACACAUUGGUCAAAUAGGUGUAGAUGGACCUAGAGGCGAAGCUGGUGCCCCAGGGCUUCCUGGACAUCCUGGACCAAAGGGACUACCGGGGUUGAAAGGAUCCAAAGGUGAUCAAGGUCUGAAAGGAAAAUCAGGAGCAACUGGUGCAUCUGGGACCAAAGGGCCACCAGGACCAGAAGGCCCUCAUGGCCCACGUGGAGUCACGGGCAGGGAGGGUCUUGAGGGUCCAGCGGGAAUGGAUGGCCUCCUUGGUAAAGAUGGAAGUAAAGGAGUCAAGGGAGAACAAGGAGAAGAUGGAAAAGUGGGAUUAUCUGGAAGACCUGGGCAUCAGGGUGAAAAAGGUGUGACUGGGCUUCCUGGAAGUCAAGGAUCCUUUGGUCCAAAGGGUGAAAGAGGUCUAUCAGGGCAGAGUGGUCCAGUGGGAAAGAGAGGAACCAUCGGUGGGAUGGGACUGCCAGGAAACCAAGGAGAUCUGGGAACUAAAGGACAACCAGGGGGUGGUGGUCGACAAGGAUUUCCAGGGAUGUUGGGCCUGUUUGGACCAAAGGGACCACCGGGGGACAUUGGCUCUAAAGGAAUACAGGGACCAAAAGGACCACGAGGUUUGAUGGGUGUGAAGGGAGCUGUGGGCCCCGUUGGCAUCAUUGGACCCAACGGUCAUCCAGGACCCCAGGGUGACAAAGGAAGUCGUGGGGAGACGGGGUUGCAAGGACCGAGAGGAUCCCCUGGUCCUCGAGGACCACCUGGGCCACCAGGCCUUCCCAGUUCUGCAUUUUUAUUUAGAAAUGAAGCUCUCGGUACUGCGUUUGAGAUCAUCGAUUUCAAUGCUGCACUAAAGCAAGAGAAUUAUCAAAGCUUGGACCUGCCCAUGUUGGACCAGGGCACAGAGAUCUUGAAGACCUUGCAGCAUCUCAGCUCGCUGAUCCAGAGUUUGAGAAACCCACUGGGAACCCGUGACAAUCCAGCCCGGAUCUGCCGAGAUCUUUUCAGCUGUGAGCAGCGGAUGUACGAUGGCACUUACUGGAUCGAUCCAAACCUCGGCUGCAGGGUUGACAGCAUUGAGGUGACGUGCAACUUCACUGGUGGAGGACAGACAUGCCUGAAACCUAUCACAGUUUCAAAGCUGGAGGUGGGAGUGGGUCGCAUCCAGAUGAACUUCAUCCACCUUUUGAGCACCGAGGCUGUGCAGCACAUCAUCAUUCACUGCCUCAACACACCUGUGUGGGCAGCAGGGCCGUCUCGGCAGCCUUCGCCCACCGCUGUUAGCUUCAAGGCCUGGUCGGGGGAGAAGAUUCAUGCUGGAGACCUCCUGGAGCCGCUCAUUCCCAGGGAUGACUGCUGGAUCAAAGAUGGACGCUGGCAUCAGACUCACUUCAUCUUCCAGAGCCAGGACCCAACCUUACUCCCCAUUGUGGAUGUGUACAACUUACCGACCGUAGAGCCCAGCGCAAGAUUUCACCUUGAGGUCGGACCUGUUUGCUUUCUGUAGGGCUCCACGCUGGGAGCCCAGAAUAAUCCUUGAGGGAAAAACAGCGUGGGAGAUCUUGAAUAACGGUGCUUCUGUGGUUUGCAGCAACAAACCCCCGUUCUUUUUAGGAAAUACGCUUGGACUGCAGAAACACGAGGGCACCAGAUGAAGAAGACUCAUUGGAGACUAUAUGAAAAUAAUAAUGAGCUUCCCUUUUAAAGACUUGCUUGUGUGAUAGGAGAUCUUGAUGGACGUCUCACGCCUGUCAUCUCUGACCAUGUUGUAUCAUGUUUCUUCACAGUCUGAUCCUCGGUUUAAAAAAAAAAAAAAAAAAAUCUUCGGUUUUAUAAGAUCUGUAAAGAAAUAUGACAGAACUCUGCAAAUC